GCGCGAGCUCGCCCGUGUCACCGCCGCUGUGGAACCGCCUCCCUCUUCCUCCCUGUCUUCUCUGCCUCCUCUCCUUCCUUCAUCGGUGCACCUGAGGAUGUAUACACGACUGGCAGCGACGGGGAGGCAACGCGUCUAGCGGCUCCACCGUGUUGUGUUACGUUCUGAGCAGUUUUUAUUUUACUCCUGAAUCGCCUCUGAAAUGGCGACGGGUGCAGGAUGGCAGCCUCCGUACAACACCUUCAGCACCAAAUACGUCACUUCUCCGACCUCCAACGUCUUUUACGACGGAGGCUUGACGAUGGAAUACACGCAGGACCUGCAUCUGAAGAUGAGCAAGAAGAUAGCGCAGCUGACCAAGGUCAUUUAUGCUCUUAAUACCAAGAAUGAUGAGCAUGAAGAAGAGAUUUCAUCUCUCAAGGAGGCCCAUGAAGAUGAGGUUCAACACAUAGUGACAGAAACCAGGGACAAGAUAAUGCAAUACAAAAGCAAAAUGGCCGAUGAGGCGGACUUGAGGCGGCGUUUGGCCAGUCUGGAGGAAUCUGUGGAACUCCAUGAACACAUGAAGAGACAGGCGCUGGCUGAGUUUGAGAUGUACAGGCAGAGAAUGGAGGAUUCCCAGCUAUGCACUGAAGCCCAGCACACGCAGCGGGUGGUGUCUAUGAGCAGAGAGGUGGAGGAGAUGCGUCGGGAUUUUGAGGAGAAGCUGCGGGCAUUCAGCCAGGCUCAGACCCAGUUUGAGGCAGAAAAACGUCAAGCACUCGAAGAACUGAGGUCCACCCACCGCCAGGAGGUGGAGGAACUCCUCAACAACCAGCAAAACCAAAGCGCCACCUCCACUGAAGACCAGGAAAAACUGGCAGAGCUCCAUAGACAAGAGGUUGAGGCAUUAAUGGAGCGAGUUGAGGAACUGACCAAGGACAAAGUCCGCAUGGUGGAGGAGUAUGAAGCCAAACUGGCCAAGGCUCAAGAGUACUAUGAGAGAGAACUGGAUGCCAUGACCCGAACACACCAGCUCACCACUGAGAAUUUGUUGGCGUGGAAGCGGACCGAGGUUGAGCUGCGGAAAGAGUUCCAGGCUCAGGAAGCAGCCCUGCAGCGCUCCUUGUCUAAGCUGAGAAGUGAACUUCAGAAAGCCCAAGAGGAGGCCCGAGAGAACCGAGACAAGACCAACAGACUCCAGACAUCACUAGUCAAUGCUGAAGGAACCAUCAAAAACCUCCACAAGCAGCUGGAGGAGGCAAUCCAGGACGGCGAGAUCUGGGUGAUGCAGCUGAAGGACACAGAGUACGAGCUGGAGGGCAGCAGAGAGAGGGUGCAACAGCAGGCCACUGAAAUUCUCCACAAAGCCAGUCAGAUAGGAUCAUUGCAGGCCACUCAGAUGUCCCAUGAGGCGACCAUCAGGAACUUAGACCAGGAGCAAAGCAGGCUGAAGGAGAGGUUAAGCCGCUUGGAGGAAGAGAGAGUGACUCUGCUCAAUCAGAGCCAAGUAGCCAGUGAGCAGCACAAACAACAAGUUCUCAAACUGGAACAGUCUCUGCGUGAGGAGCAUCAGGGUUAUGAGAAGGAGCUGUCCAGAUUGAGGGCCCACUACGAAGAGGAGUCACAUCGGUAUAAGGAGGCGCAGGUCAGAGCACUGGAAGAGCUUGAGGAGAAGCAUCAAGCCAUGAAGGAGGAGGCCCAACAGGAGAAGGAGGAGGAGAAGAAACUGCUAAUAAUGAAAAUGAGUCAAGAAUUUGAGAUCAAGCGCCUGUCCCUGGAAGACCAGAGGGAUUGUCUUCAACAGCAACUCGACAAUCUGAGAGAGGAACUCUCUGCAAAACUAAACAUGGCUAACCAGGAGGUGUCCCACCUCCAGGAGCUGGUCAGGGAAGGUGAGCAGAACCUGAGCACUGCUCAAUCACAGAUCUCAUGUCUGAAGGAUACGCAGGAAAAACUCAAGCUAGAGCUCGAUGCUACGAGAGGAAGGGUGCGAGAGACCAGUAACCUGCUCACUGACCUGCAGGAGGAGAUUGAGACCCAAAAACAGCAGCAUGAUGCUCGAGUGAUGUCCAUUCGGACGGAAGAAAAACAGAAGAUGGACAAAAUGGUAGAUGACUUGGAACAGAAAUGGCGAGGUGCACUUCGUGAGGAGAUGCGUCUACUGAAAGAUGAACUCAAUGAGGAGUAUGAGGCAGACAAGCAGGCGGCGCUGACCCAGCUCUCUCAGCAGAAGGAUAUAGAGAUGAUGGCGGCCAGAGAGAGCUGGCAAAGGAAAGUAGAGGACCUAUUAGAACAGAUCUCUUUGCUGAAACAGUCUCUGGAGCUUCAGUUGUCUCAGUCCCAGUCAGCGCUACAGCAGCUCCAGUCUCAGUUUAACCAGGAGAGGGAAAUACUUAAUCAGCAGCUUAAAGAGAUGCAAAGGGAGCAUCAGAGGAGGGAACACCGGCUACAGGAGGCUCACUGCUGUGCUUUGAGCACCAUGGAGGAGGCCAGACAACAUCAAAUUAGGGCCUUGGAGGAGCGAUUGAAGCAGGAGCAACGGGAGGAGGUCCAUGCUCUGAAGGAGGCCCACAGGAGGACCCUGGAAAUUCUAAGACAACAGUCUAACCAGGAGCUGCAGACGUUGAGGUUUGAGCUAGAGGAUGAGGGAAAAGCUAAGUUGGCCUCCCUGCGUGCAGAGUUGAAUCAUCUCCACGCCACUGCUACUGAGCAUCUCAAACAGAUCCACCUUAAAGAAAAUUCCGCUGCUAAACGUGAGCUGGAGAAGGCCAUGGAGCACAGUCACAAGCAGGAACAGGAGUUGCUGGUUCGAAUCUCAGAUUUGCAGGGGGAGGUGUGUACCCGGAGCAACCGCAUCACGGAUCUCGAUCAUGAGAUCCACUCUUUAAAUGAAACCAUUGACACCCUGACCAGAGAGCUGGAGCUCAAAGGCAAAGAGGUUUUACGAGUUCGCAGUGAAGCCAACCACCAGAUCCGUGCUCAUGAGCAAGACUUUGCUAAGAGACAUGAAAGGGAGUUGGGGGAGAUGAGUGUGGUCCAUCACAGAGAGACUCAGAUCAUGCUGACCGACUUCAACAAAGCCCAGGAGGUCCUGAAAGACAAGAUCUCUGCACUACAAAUCCUGCUGGAGGGCACAGAGGAAAAACUGAGAAACCGAGAAAGUCGACCAGAAGAUCUGCAUCUUAUUGCGGAGCUCAGGGAGAUGGUGACUGAAAGAGAAGCCCUGGUCAAGAAACUGGUGUAUGGAGACGGCCUUGCCGAAGAAGCUGUUCAGGAGUCUGUUGGUCUUGGUGCACAGUGCUCUGUUGCGCCAACCAGAGGGGAGUGGUGUAAAAUGUUCAUGAGCAGGGAUGACAAGAAGUUCUAUCAGCUGGAGUUGGUCAACAGAGAGACUGGUUUCAACAAAGUCUUUAAUUCCAGUGCCAACGUCGGCGUUAUCAACCCUCUGAUCAAGCCUUCUUGAGGUGGCUCCCCCUGAUCCCAUGGAGCAAAUAAACGGCCACAAAGAAGAUCUCUCCCAACACUUUCUGACCAGCAAAAACACCAGACAGAAACAAACAAACAAAUACAGCGAAUCUGUCAACGUGAGGAUGUGCAGGAGUUGGACUGCCAGGCUUCUGCUGGAUGUCUUUUUACACCUCUGUUGCAAUGUUUUUAAUGCAACGCGUGAAAGCAGAAACGCUUCGGAAUGGUUGUUUACAAUUACCACAUUGAGGAGAAGUGAGAGACUAAGGUUGUGCAUCAGGAAAAUAUCAACAUGGUGACAGAAACGUAAUCCUUCUGAACACAUAAUUCCCUGGAAGGCAUCAUUAUUUCUCCUAAAAUGAAGUGAUCCGGAGCUUUCGUAAAUCACUUUACAGUUCAUCAACUGCUUCGGCACCGAUCCGUCUUCAAUUGACUUUUCCGUCUCUGACAGCCAGACGGUAUGUGUUUGGCUUCAGUGUCCGUUUUAGAAAGAAUGAAUCUGCUUUAAUAUGGAUUAUCUAACACCGACUGUACACGCUACCCACAAAACGUCCCUGAAUUUUACAACACUUCUGCAUUAGACGGGACCAAAAAUGACAUAAUAACAAAUAAAUACAUAAAUAAAUACAGAAAAAAAAGAAUAAGUGUAUAAGUUAAUAAACAAAUACAGGAAUUUGAUACUUAUUAAUACUUUUAUUUCCUAAUUUAUGUUUGUAUUUUAACAUGUAUUCAUUUAUUUAUUUCUACAUUAAUGUGUUUAUUUGUUUUGUGUAUUUCCACAGUUAUUUAUUUCUGCAUGUCUGUCUCUUCGGCUCUUCAUCGGAGGAAAAGUAAAUAUGUAAAUGAAGUGGGAUGCAUGGAACUGGUUGCAGUUGCCGCCCCCGGUGCUGCGCAAAAAUACAGUGAACUCAUGACAGGCCAAGUUGAUUCUGUCACUCUGUUACGUACUGCGUAGUUGUAUCAUUGAGCGUGAAGUUGCUGCUGACAGUUUUCAAGCUGCUUCACCAGAUCUGGCAGCAGCUCCAGUAGAAGUCCGUCUCUCGCUGACAUGGCUAACAUGAAGUACAAGCACAGUACGCUACUCGAUUGCUUCUGAACCAAUCCUGCCUCCAAGCCUUGUUAGAACCGCCCACUUCAUUUACAUACUGUAUUUACUUUUCCUACAAUGAAGAGAAGCAGAGACAGAAAUGUGGAAAUGCUAAAAUACAAGCAUAAAUUAUGAAAAAUAGUAUAAAUACGCCUAAAAUAUGUCUCUUUAUUUAUUUACGUUUUUAUUUCUGCAUUUGUUUAUUCAUUUCUACAUAUAUUCAUGUAUUUGUUCUUUUAUGACUGAAUUUGUUUAAGUAUUUAUUUAUGUAUUAUUGUGUCAAGUGUUCAGAUUCUUCCUGCUAAUUCGGGCCGUUCUCCUUCGAAGAGAUGACGUGAACUUACUUAAGAGACUCGCAGCCCUACGAUAACAACACCAGCACAGAAACCACUAACUUUGUCUUCCAUUCAGGAAACUGAUGAAUGACGAAUACUGUGUAAAUACAUUUUCCAAUCUUUGUUGAGGUGCUUGAUUUCACCACCUGAGAUGCUCAGGAGAUCCGACGUCAUGAGGAUGUGAGAGAAGUGAGCCUGGUAUUUUUAUAUUCCAUCAGUUCGUACAGCUGCACGCUGUGUAAAGUUGGUGAUGCCACCAGUACUGGAUUUUAAAGCCAAGGAGUACAUACUUGGAGUCAGUGUAGAGUUCAUGUUGUGCUGCAUGUGUCUGACUGACCGUAGACUGGUACAUUGUAACCUACACUUUGAAUGGGCUUCUCCGACAACUCACUGGAAAGUGUCCAUACUUGUGCUGACCUGGCGGUCUGUCCGGUCCUAUGUACAGUUUACAAACUGCAUGUUCUCCAUGAGCCUGCUGUAAUAUCCCUGGUUUCAGGAAGUGUUGUUCUUUUUUUUCCUCCAGAUAUCCAACAUCUUCUGGGUACAGAAUGGAAAAAAGUGUGUAUAUAUAUAUUCAUAAUAUAUAUGAUGAAGUUUAAAAUGAUCUCCAGACUGUACGGUUAGGUGCCAUUAUCUGACUUCCACUGUGCCCUUCAUUCACAUCAAACUUGCCACUUGUUUAUUUAUUUUGUAUUUUUUGCAAUAGUUGCCAUUCAGUUGUACGGUCUCAUUUCAAAAUCAUAUUUCCUCCCCUCUGGUCCAAAUCGCAGACAGAGCUGAACACAGAAGAUCUUAGUGUUCUUGCCACUGUGAAGGUCCCUUCCCCUACAAAACUGCACCCGUCCUUCUCCAACCAUGUUGCCGUCACUGAUCACAUGCUUCCAUGCUUCUUUUAUGGUGCUGUUCUCCAGUAAAUCCCACAAUGACCUCAACAAACUUCCAAGACAAACAUGGCGACUGUGGAGUCAGUAUUGAUCAUGUAGCUCUUGCACUAAAGAGGAAACAGAGGAAGCGUUGUAGGAGGUGAGGCAGUUAAAUGCAUCGCUACUGGAGGACGCAGAGUUUCCGGCGUUGUUUUGUCUUCUUCCUGUCUCUUUAGAGCUACGUAUCAGGUAGUAACAGCGACACUGCCCCCCAUGGUUUCCAGUGGUACCGCUCCGUUAGGUCGGUAUCAGUAAGCUUUGUGGAGACAUGCGGAAAUACGGAGGAAAUGAGGACAGAGCUUGGACAGAAGGCUCCGUCCGGAUCCAGGUCCGUAUGGAGCGUUGAGCAUAAAUGGGCCAUAAAGCCAAACCAACACCUCCCAACUCAAAUCCCUGAGCUCACAUCAGUGUAGCCAUGAAAGUUCUGUUGUUGAAAUAUGUUUGAAAACCGAGACCCCGUCACAUAAGCUCUUUGAUAGGCGGCUGUUGACUUGAAAAUCCGGGGCACUCCAGCACCACUGCUAGUCCCCCCCCUCCAUGAUGCUUGCUGCAGUGACAGAUCACCUACUCAAACAUACAGAAAGGUGGCUGAAAUCAUGCGGUGGAUCCAUGUGCUGGCCUGACACUGACCUUGUCACUCGUUGGUCAAGGUCAUGAGGUAUCUCUCAUUCAUGCUUCCAUUGUAACAUCCUUCACCGCCUGCUGUUUCACUUGCCCAUUUGUGACCGAGCUGUGGAUCUGUUUCUCUGUACAUAGUGGCAUGUACCACUGAUCUGCAAGCUCACGAUCCGCAUUCUGAGCCACACACACACACACACACACACUGUGAUCUUUUUUAAACAGAACUUCUAAGUGUACUGCACUAGACACUGCAAAAAAAAACUGUUGUUUAUAAGUUUCUGAAGCACAUGGAGUUUAAGGGGCAAUAUGAUUUUUUUCGUGUCGUUUCCU